AGGCAAACAGGUAGAGGGAGGUGCAGGAGGCGGCCUUUAAAAAGCAGAUUAAACAGCAAGUGCAUAUCACUUUGUUGGAACUCAAACAUUAAAACAAAGACACACACACACACACUCUCACAGUUUGGGACUAUGGCUUCCACCACGUCGGGUGAUGUUCUGCCUACAGGCUUCAGGAUCUUCACUUCCAUUCCUGACUUGUUCUUCAUCCCAGAGUUUGUGUUUGGGGGUCUGGUGUGGAUCCUGGUGGCGUCCACCCGCGUCAUCCCGGACAACCCUCUGGGCUGGGUGAUGUUCGUGUCGAUCUUCUGCUUCGUCUUCACCACGCUCUGGUUCUUCCUCUUCCUCUGUGGCGCCAAUCAGAGCAGCAUCUGGCCCGCCUUGGAUGUUGGCUACCAUUUCUUGGCAGCGGUCUUCUACCUGAGCGCCUCGGUGGAUUUGGCCUACAUAACGGUGCUCAAAGGGUGGGGGGUGACCAUUCUCUCCGGGGGCACCGUGCUCCAGCUGGCACUGACUGGGGAAGUGCUCAAAACCUACCGGCUGGACAUCGCCGCUGUGGUGAUGUCCUACGUGGCCACGCUUCUCUACUUCCUGCACGCUAUUUUCUCCGCCAUCCGAUGGAGGAAGGCUUAGACACGACACCGCCCUGACAGAGACAAGACGCCAAAAGUCAAACCAAGUGGGCCAGUCGCCAAUAAUUAACGACUUUCCUUUAUAUAAAUAUAUAUAUGUUUUUUUGUACACUGACACAAUGUUACAGUAGUCACAUGACUGAACGAGCAGCAAACAAACUGAUCAUUUACAAUAACAAAUCCUCGCCGUGUGCAAAAUAAUCCCAAACAAAUGUCGAGGAACCGCACAAAAAAUAUUUCUGAAAACUGAAACCUAUAAUAUGACUCUGACAGUUAGAUAAAAGUAUAAAAUGUCCUCGUCUUGUCAAAGCAUUCACCUGCUGGAAAAUGAUGAGUGAAUUAACUUGUGAAACAGAGCCCCCUGCUGGAUUUAUAGCUGAAGCAAUCUUUUCCCUACCCUGCAGAUAGCGCCAUCGGACCCCUUUCUGUACAAUUUACAUUUAAAAACAAAACAGUUUACAAUUAAAGCGGAUCAAAUACUUUUGCAAAUAGGCAAAGGUCUACUGUACGCCAAAAAGAAACACACAAUUAUAUUUCAAACAGAAAUGCCUACGUUUUGGCACACGGCUAAUUUUUUUAGGCUUCAGAAAAUUCUAAAAAUACAAUUUGUUCAUUGAUAAUGAGAUAUAUGGUUAGAGGGUGUCCAAACUUCAAUUUUCCCCAAGAAACAGCACAAAUUCAAUAAGCGGUGUUUUCAUGCAAUAUAUAAAUAAUCAAUAAUCUGUUAACUGUUAUUUUCUCACCAUCUGUUGGCCAUCAAAAAUAACUCAAGUCAGUGGACAUUAAUUAUACAUGAAUUAAGACUUACUUAUAUGACCCAAUCCAAACAACCGUCCCUAGUCAUGGUGCAUGAAAAACAAAUUCAACCAGCAGAAAAAUUCAACCAACAUGGUCACACAUGACACAACCAGCUCAUUGAAAAUUGUGGAUAUGAUUUAAAAAGAUGUCCAAUCAGCUUAAAACAAAUCUAAACUACACCCGUUUAAAUCCAUGAGUGCAUGAUGGGAAAAAUACAAAACACUACCUCCACACUCAUCCAUGUUUGGCGCUUUCUAGCUGCUUGGUAUUUUUGAUUGAUUAAAAAACCUGAAGGAGGUCGUCACGGGAUGAAGUAAACAAGGUAGGGGUCGAAUUUUGAGAUAAUUUUAAUAACCAAUUAUAAUAAUUAUUAAUGAUAUAUCCAUUAUAUAUAUAUACAUAUAUAUAUAUAUACACAUAUAUAUAUAUAUAUAUAUAUAUAUAUACAUACAUAUAU